AUGGCGACCAACACCUACGCCGAGCAGCACAUUACUCUAAUCAAACACAUAUUUGCCGAGAAAGACCGCUUGAUCCUGGAGAAAGACGAAUUAGUGGCUUCCAAAGAUCGCAUGUGGCGGGAACUGUCUGCCAUCAUUCGUGAACGCGAUGCUGAGAUUGCACAACUACGACACGCAACCCUGAUCAAAGCCUCGAAGUAUGAGGGCCGUCCAGAGCCUCGAGAUGCGAGUACACCGGAAGACAUCAGAGGCUUGAAGCAGCGAAACGCAGCUCUUGAACUGGCUUUACAGGACUUGUGCGACGGUCCAAGCGACGACGAAGAUGGUGAAGAAUCCUAA